UGGACCCAAGUCAAGACAGUGAAGCAAAUUCUUCUGUGGCUUCCGUUAAAGUUGACGCGACGGCCUGUAUUACGCGUGAUUCCCUGAAAUCCUCUGAUCGGCCACAGCCUAAUUUAGCAAAGAAUUUUCAACCUCAAACUCAUAGUGAGGAUGACUCUGUGGAAAUUAAGAAACCACAUCUCAAGGAUUCCGAUCAAGAAGUUGUUCAAAGUGUUCCCGACCUUGAUCAAGAGCCAAAAUUGGAACCUAUUCGUGGCAGAAAGAUGUAUAGCAGAGCGCUUAUGUUGGAAUUUAAGAUCAAUCCUGACGGCCAAAAUAGAAAUCGAGGCACAGCUCCUGGCCGUGUAAUUAACCUCAAUGCUAAUAUGGCCCCAGUCAAAGGUGUAGAGGGUGCUUUUAAACCCGGAUACCUAAAGGCGGCCAAAGGCGACGUGGAAGCUGAUACAAGCAAAUUAUUACGUCGGAAGAUCAAUAUUAUCCUUAAUCGGCUAACGGAUUCUAAUAUGUUAGAUAUACAUAAAGAGAUUAUCGAACUUUGUAUCAAAAGCCAAGAAGAGUUGGAUAUACUUGCAAGUUUAGUUUUCGAGAAGGCCAUUGGUCAAGCGAAGUUUUGCAAGCUAUUCGCCAAACUGGCACGCCGGCUCAAAGACGUGUGUAUUGAGAUAGAAAAGAAAACGAAUGACGAGCUCAAUGCCAAGAUCGAAGCUGCUCAGGAUUCUAGUGUUAAAAAGAUGCUUGAGGCUGAGAGGGAAAAUUUAGUUAACAAGAAGCGAGAUGCCUACAUGUGCAAUAUGCAAUUUGUCGGUGAGCUCUACCUCAUUGGAUUUAUACCUGACAGAAGUGUCCGAUGCUCUCUUCAUAACUUCUUUGAACAUAUGAGCGAGACUAUGUUUGAAGCGUUCCUGGUUUUUGUCUCUACUAUUGGACCUCGUUUUGACGAAACUUCCAAGGAUUAUCUUACUGAGAUAAUGAACAAGGUGGAGCGUAUUAUUAAGAACAUCAAAAUUAGCUCACAUCUUCACUUCAGAUUAAAAGAACUCAAGGAAUUGCGCGCUAGAGGUUGGCAGGAAGAAUUUAAUCGGCCGCUUGAUUCCCUGCAUUCGUCUAAUCAGUCUGAUCAAGUUGUCUCUCGUAGAGCCAGUCAUGUAGAGAAAACUCCUUUGAAGCAGCCUCUUUCCGAAUCUACAGGUAGGUUUAAUCCAUUUUCAUUAUUAUUUCAUGAAACAAACAAUAUGCUUAUCUUUUUUCAUUUAUAA